UUUAUAAGAGAAAUACUGUGCUAUGCUGUGCCUUUUUGCAUUAUUUUUUUUCUAUCAAGUCUGUUUGGCGUUACAACACUUGAAGCCGGGAAAGAAGAUGGAGAGAAUAUCAGACGGUAAUUUGAAAAGGGAGAAGUCCUCCCUGGCUACUUUAAACAGCAACAGCAUAACCCUGGUGGCUGUUCGUAAGCAGCAGCCAGCUACCGAUGUGCCUGAACUACUGAUUGUCAGUGAGAAGUCCAAGCCAGGAUCUCCUGUAAAGGUGCACAGCAGUUUUCAGAAAGAAGAGAGAGUUUCACAGGGUUGCUCCAUGGGGGUAUCAGAAGUCAAGGCUGAGCAGGCUUUGUCUAAGACUAAUACCCCUGCAAGCUGUGUAUGGAAGCCAACAAUGAAGCAGAAUUUUGCCUUUGACAACAUUGGCUAUGAAGGGAACUCUGAAAACCUGCCCUCUGGGUCGUCUCAAAUGGACAUGGUUACAGUCAAUAUUUUGGGUAUGACGUGCCAAUCUUGUGUGCACUCUGUAGAGGGCAGAAUUUCCAAGGUGAAGGGCAUUGUGAGUAUUAAGGUCUCCCUUGAGCACAGCAAUGCUGUGCUUAAAUAUAUACGGUCUGAAAUAAGUCCCAAACAGAUUUGUCAGGAAAUUGAGGACAUGGGUUUUGAUGCCUGCAUAGCAGAAGGAAAAUCUAUCCCAUCAUCUUUAAGAUCAACAACGUCUAUAGCAGAAGCUGUAGUUAAGUUUCGGGUAGAAGGCAUGACCUGCCAGUCUUGUGUCAAUACAAUUGAAGGUACAGUUGGGAAACUACAUGGUGUGACAAGAAUAAAAGUCUCCCUGAGUAACCAAGAAGCAGUCAUUCUUUACCAGCCUUUCAUUGUUCAACCUGAAGACCUUAAGAAGCACAUAAAUAACCUGGGGUAUGAAUGCACUAUUAAGACCAAAUUAGCCCCACUAAAGCUUGGUAGGAUUGAUUUAGAAGGCUUACAGAAGGUUGCAGCUGGCCUCAACAGUGGUUAUGUGGAUCCAUUGGUGGACAAGAUGAAUAAUACAGCAACUGUGACUCUAGGGAUAGAAGGCAUCCAUUGCACAUCUUGCAUCAAAAAUAUUGAAGGAAAUAUAUCUGAGUUCCCAGGCAUACAAUGUAUUAAAGUGUCAUUGGAGCAUAAAAAUGCUGUUGUACAGUUUAACCCUAACUUAAUUACCUUAUCAUCUUUACAACAAUCCAUUGAAACCCUUCUGCCUGGUAACUUUAGAGUAUCCUUCCCUAAUGGAGCAGAAGCAAACAAUGGAGAGCUUUUAUCAAAGGCAGCAUCUUCAUCCUAUUGUUUUCUCAGCAAGUCCCCUGGAGAUCAACUGCCUAUCACAACUGUAAUUGGCAUUGGUGGAAUGAGCUGCAGUUCCUGUGUACAGUCUAUUGAAGGCACAAUAUCCCAAAGGAAAGGGGUACAACACAUAUCAGUUUCUUUAGCUGAAAGGACGGGGACCAUACAGUAUGAUUCAACUGUAACUAAUUCAGAAGAGCUAAGAACUGCUAUAGAAGACAUGGGGUUUGAUGCUGCUAUUCUAACAGAUACCGCUACAAGAAAGCACAACGUUCCACCUAUUUCCAAGCCUGCUGAAAUACAACAUAAAGCUCUGGAGUCAACUUGCCAAAGAGUUGGAAAUAUUCCUGAACCCUCUGAUCGAAGUUAUGUCUCAAAUACUCCACCAAAGAUCUCUUUCCUAGAGGCUCCAAAACGGCCCAGUAUACUGACAACUGAGAAGUGCUUUAUGCAGAUCACGGGCAUGACUUGUGCAUCAUGUGUAUCAGCCAUUGAAAGACAUCUACAAAAGGAAGAUGGUAUUGUUUCAGUGCUUGUAGCUUUGAUGGCAGGUAAAGCAGAGAUAAAAUACAAGCCAGACAGCAUACAGCCUCUUGAAAUAGCACAGCUGAUCCAGAAUUUGGGCUUCGAUGCUACAGUCAUAGAAGAUCAGGCUGAUGAAGAAGGGAGAAUGGAGCUUGUUAUUACAGGGAUGACUUGUGCUUCCUGUGUCCACAACAUUGAAUCCAAACUAACUAAAACUAAUGGCAUUUUAUAUGCUUCAGUGGCACUUGCAACUUGCAAAGCUCAUGUCCAGUUUGAUCCUGAAAUUAUCGGACCUCGAGAUAUUAUAAAAAUUAUACAGAACCUCGGCUUUCAGGCUUCCUUGGCCAAGAGGGAUCCAAAUGAUCAUAACUUGGAUCAUAAAAAGGAAAUAAGACAUUAUAUGUUAAUACCGGCUGGCCAAGGAUCUGGGGUCCUGGAACAGAAUCUCAUUCCUGGAUUGUCUCUCUUAAAUCUUCUCUUCUUUGUCUUGUGCACUUUUGUUCAAUUUCUUGGUGGAUGGUAUUUCUAUGUGCAAGCCUACAAAUCACUGAAGCACAGAACAGCUAAUAUGGAUGUACUCAUAGUGCUGGCCACAACAAUUGCUUAUAUAUACUCUUGUGUGAUCUUAAUAGUAGCUAUGGCUGAAAAGGCAGAGCAAAGCCCCAUCACGUUCUUUGACACACCACCCAUGCUAUUUGUCUUCAUUGCUCUUGGGAGAUGGCUGGAACACAUAGCAAAGAGUAAAACAUCGGAAGCACUUGCUAAACUAAUAUCUCUUCAAGCUACAGAAGCUACUGUGGUGACUCUUGGACCUGACCACUCUGUUAUCAGGGAGGAGCAGGUGCCUGUUGAGUUGGUUCAGCGGGGUGACAUUGUAAAGGUUGUUCCUGGUGGAAAGUUCCCAGUUGAUGGAAAAGUUAUUGAAGGCACCUCUAUGGCAGAUGAAUCUCUUAUUACUGGGGAGGCCAUGCCCGUCACUAAAAAGCCUGGCAGCACAGUGAUUGCAGGAUCUAUAAAUGCACAUGGCUCUGUUCUUGUUAAGGCAACUCAUGUUGGCCCUGACACUACCCUGGCACAAAUUGUAAAAUUGGUGGAAGAAGCUCAGAUGUCCAAGGCACCAAUUCAGCAACUGGCUGAUAAGUUUAGUGGCUAUUUUGUUCCAUUUAUCAUCAUUAUUUCAACAGUAACAUUGAUUGUGUGGAUUGCAAUAGGCUUUAUCAAUUUUGAUGUUGUUCAGAAAUUCUUCCCACAUCGGAGCAAAAACAUCUCUAAAGCUGAAAUAAUCAUCAGGUUUGCAUUCCAAACUUCUAUCACUGUGCUGUGCAUUGCGUGCCCCUGUUCCUUGGGCCUGGCCACUCCAACAGCAGUCAUGGUGGGCACAGGAGUGGCUGCUCAAAAUGGUAUUCUUAUCAAAGGUGGAAAACCUCUGGAGAUGGCCCAUAAGAUAAAGACUGUGAUGUUUGAUAAAACGGGGACCAUCACCCAUGGAGUUCCUAAAGUCAUGAGAGUGCUUCUGCUAGGGGACACGGCUACCCUGUCUCUCAAGGUGGUUCUUGCAGUUGUGGGCACUGCAGAGGCCAACAGUGAGCAUCCCUUGGGAAUGGCUAUCACUAAAUACUGCAAAGAGGAACUUGGUACAGAGAGCCUGGGGUAUUGCAUGGAUUUUCAGGCAGUACCAGGCUGUGGAAUCAGCUGUAAAGUCAGUGGUGUUGAAUCUGUCUUAGGCCAGAAGGAGCACAGUCUAAAUGAGCGGAAUGCUAACCUGAAUGGGGACAGCACUGUUUCCCUGAAACACAGUUCAUUGAUCAUGACAUCCGAACCUGAUGGUGCAGCAGCCCCUCACACCUACUUAGUGGUGAUUGGAAAUCGUGAAUGGAUGAGACGUAACGGUUUGCAUAUUUCAAAUGAUGUUAAUGAUGCAAUGACUGGCCAUGAAAUGAAAGGACAGACAGCUGUAUUGGUAGCUAUAGACGGUGCAUUGUGUGGGAUGAUUGCAAUAGCAGAUACCGUCAAACAGGAGGCAGCACUGGCUGUGCACACCCUAAAAACCAUGGGAAUCGAUGUGGUUCUUAUAACAGGGGACAACAGAAAAACUGCGAAAGCCAUUGCUACACAGGUUGGCAUAAAAAAAGUGUUUGCUGAGGUUCUUCCUUCUCACAAAGUCGCAAAGGUCCAGGAACUCCAGAAUGAAGGGAAGAAGGUAGCCAUGGUUGGAGAUGGAGUCAAUGAUUCCCCUGCACUGGCCCAGGCUGACAUCGGUGUUGCUAUUGGAACAGGCACUGACGUUGCCAUUGAAGCAGCAGAUGUUGUUCUUAUUCGAAAUGAUUUACUGGACGUGGUGGCCAGCAUUCAUCUAUCAAAGAGAACUGUACGAAGAAUACGAAUAAAUCUGGUCCUUGCCUUAAUUUAUAAUCUGCUUGGGAUACCCAUAGCAGCAGGAGUGUUUAUGCCCAUUGGUAUCGUGCUUCAGCCAUGGAUGGGUUCUGCAGCCAUGGCAGCUUCAUCAGUGUCUGUGGUGCUAUCUUCCUUGCAACUAAAGUGUUACAAGAAACCAGAUGCAGAAAGUUAUGAAGCCCAAGCUCAGGGCCGUAUGAAGCCACUGACUCCUUCUCAAAUCAGUGUUCACAUUGGGAUGGAUGAUAGGAGACGGGAUUUGCUCAGACCAAGUGCCUGGGAUCAGAUUAGUCAAGUAUCCUUCUCUUCUCUGACUUCAGACAAGCUGCCUAGACACAGUGGCUUUACAGAGGAAGAAGGGGACAAGUGGUCACUGCUCAUUAAUGACAGAGAUGAAGAACAAUACAUUUAACAUGCAUCUCCUGGAGCCAAAUAGUAAGGUGAGAUAGUUCUUUGCCAGUGACAGCAAUGCCUAAACCACCAAGAGUUUCAUAAUUACAAAUGGAUUCUUUUAUGUUUCAUUUUGCAAAGCAGCUGGAGUUCAAUAAUUCAGCUUCGUAUUGUGUGAAUGUUGAUUUGUCAGGCUACAAAUCACUUUCAGUCACUAAAAUGUCUUGAGGCCCCCUAAUGAAUUAAGCCCUUAACUGCACACAUUAUUCACUAUGCACAGUAUGGCAUUGGAACUUUCAAAGUCUAACAUAACCGCUACCUCCCGGGUUGUUUGUGGGGAACCAAAAUCCCAUUCUUCUCCAUCUUGCUCGUGCAUCUUACAGUGAUUCCUAUAAGAAGCACAGACACUUUCCUCAUAUGCCAUAUUUCAUUACUAUGUCAAAGUGAAAACAAAUGGUCCCUGUGUUUAGGGAUCUUGUUCUUGGUUAAAAUAAAAAAUCAGAACAAGCUGUGUCAACACAGGGGCAAUUUUACGGUUUGGACUGUCCUUUUCCUUAGAGUCAAAAUAUGUAUCUGAAGAUUUUCCAGGGCAUAAAUGUUUUGAAAUUUUGUUUUAAAGGUUAUCAUUUACCACCAUGCAUUGCUGAUUCUUUUGACAUUGAUCUCCAUUUACUAAAUUUCAUGUCAGUACCUAACUGCUCUAAUUAGAUGUUCUACUUGAAUCCUGGAGCCCUUUUCUUCCAGUAGAGAUCGACUUCUCCACAUUUCUUACAUGUUCCAUUUUCCCCUGUGGGACCAGAUCUUACAAGCCACUAGAGACCCCUAUGUCCUUUUUGAAAUUUGUGAAGUCUGAGCUCCCCUCAGUUGUCUGAACUAGGAAAACACUUUAUCUGCAAGCACUUUGCAGAAUCCUUUGAUUCUCUGAAAAAUGUGGUGCUCAGCUGUUUGUCUGUGUGGCAGGGCGCUGUAAAUACAUAAUUGCGAACCAUCCUAGCUGUUUAGCUAUUGACAUAUUCAUGCUGCUGCACUCAGAGAGGCUUUCCAUCGUGAGUGCUUGUUCUGUCCUCUGAUUUGAGCACAGAAUGAUGCUCUCUCACUGAAAAGACAGGUUAAUGAGCAUGGCUGUUUGGGAACUUUACAGAAGUGAUUGUGCAGUAGAAGUGGAGAUUCAAUGAGCACGGUGGAUCUGGAGACUGGCAAGCAAAAAGCAGCAGUUUAAAGUGCAUCUAUAAAUCCACUUAAUCCCUCUUAAUACCUUGUGCCAGAGCUGAGUGGUUAAAAGAAACCCUUUGCCUGAAUAUUAAUCCCGUCUCAGGCAAAAAAAAAAAAAGUUUCAUUCUUAUACACAUCACACCAGGUUAAAUCUAUCAGUCUUACUUCAAAUUUCAGUUUAGCGGUGGACCUAAUGACUAAAUAUGUCCACAAAGAGGUGACAGUAACUUGGCUGGUAUAAUGUGCAACAGAGCUAGGGGAAUCAUGGGGAAAAGGCACUGAGCUUAAUUGUACUUUGUAUGUGUGCUUGACGGGUGUUUGGGGUUUUUGAAUCGUGCAAGAUGAUAAUGCAAUUUGUGGGUCAGUUGCAUGAAAAAGCAGUAAAAAUGAAGAGUAAAGAAUAGGUACAGGGCACCCAUUCACUGUGGCAGCAAAAGUAUUCAAUUAUUCUUCAAAGCUAUUCUUAACCAUUUAAACACAGGUUUCAGGUACUUCUUUGAAAGAUAGAAGAGGGAAUCAAAUUAAGACCAUUAGCAAUGGACUUGGAUUUAUAUGACAAUAGGCUCUAAGUAAUUCUACUGCUUGGUCAAGCGUAGCAAUCAAUCAAGAUGGAAGAGAGAAAAAUCUUCCACUUCAGUGCAUGAGGUUAAUUCCAGGGACUUCAUCUCCUUUUCAAUGCCAAAUUAAUUCUCUAGCAUUAGUCUCCCAGGGCAUUUGGAUUUGGUUGCUUCAGUGAGCGGAGUUUGGAACUGAAAUCUUGAUCUCAGUAAAGUUAAUAGUAAUAGGAUUUAAAAGAUGAGGGAACCAGAAUUUAGUGCACUGCAGUGGUGACAGAACUAUUUAGUUUAUUUUUAAAGUCUAAUACUUUCUUCCCAAAUCUUGUCCCUUCCAAACUGAGAGUCCAGACAGAUUUCAGUGGGAAGAGGACUGUAUCCAAAUGGUAGACAUUGUUUCCUAUUAUAACGUUCUCACCUUUUCUUGUCUUUUUCAUAAUACAUUUUUUAGUUAGGUUCUCAUUAAUUAACAUUCAUU